AUAGAUCCUAGUCUAAUUAUAUUUUUAGAAUAAUUAACACUCAGAUGUUACUUGAACUCUAGCCUCAAAUACCAAGAUCCACACAUACAAAACAGGUGCAGCUACUAAAAGAUAGAAAGGGAAAGAGGGGAAAAUUCUCUCCUAAAUGGAAUUGGGUUAAAAAAACAAACAAACAAAUGACUGACCACUUAGUGUCAUUUAGAAUAGGAUAGCUCCAAAAAGGACCUAAUCAAUCAAACUUAAGUUUCCUAUCAUGCUGGAUGCUGCACAAAUGCUAUAAUAGAUAUGAUCCCUGCACCAAAGAGCUUAUCCUCUGCUCUUGCUUUUUAGGUUGGCUGCCUCUCUACUUUGCGAGCCUAGGGCUAUGUUACAUCUUGAUCUUCAGUAGCAUGUUUUUCUUUCACUGGAAGAAAGUCGUCCAGCGGGAGCAACGUGCAAAAGCGUGGGUUGAGCUGAUGAGGAGCGAAACAUUCUUCCCCAAUGCAGUAGUUCACUGGGCUAACAAGAGAGCUCAUUAUGGGAUUAAAGCAGAGGUAUGCACUCCAGAGUCCAGUGCUAGCCCAAAGCAAAAUGGCAAAAGCUUUGACAGAGAGACCACUACAGGCAGGGAUGGAGCUUUCUUCCCUUCCCUCACAGGUAUGGGUUCAUACAAACUGGUGUUUCAGGAACUGCCAUGGGCUUGUUCACUCUCCAGCCUGCCACCGCUGCUCCAUCAUUCAACCUCUUAUCCUUUUUCAGCCAUUCCAUCAAGGACUGUACCAUUCAGCUCUCUUCCUGACUUUGUUACAUUAGGAAAUGUGAGAUGCCACCUCAGUAAUGGCAACUCUGCUUGUGAGAUAUAACUCAUGACAGACCCACAGUGGACUGCAUCAUUUGGGAUGGAAACCAAAAUAAAAACAUAAAACUUUUAAAAGUCAAAUAAAACAAGCUAUUGUCACCAGAAUACUUUCAAAAGGCACCUUAAAUGGGUUUUCUUUGUUAUCCGUAGGAGCUGCAGUAGAGUUACUUCCCCCUUUGAGGGAAUUAAACCUGAACUCCUCCAAUUUCAACUUCUAUAUGUACAUCUCCAGUUAGGAUUU